AUAUGGGGACGAUGUUGACAAAAUAUAUAUUGUAUAUUUUGUUAGUCUGUAUAAAUCGAUUUUUAAUGAAGGAUACUGUAUAGUUCUCUUGAAGAAAUAUUUGAAACAUGCAGUCAUAUGGGCAGCUCAAACCCGUGACGUUAUCAAACAACCGUUGAGGGCAGGUGCGCCAUUUUGGCUCAAACAAAGUCGGAAAUUAUUUACUUUGCAAUUUCAUAUUAUUUGGCAUGCUAACAUCGCUUAAUACUUUUGUGAACCUUUGGGAUGAUAAAAUAUCUUACGUGAGCUCAUGUUUCAACCAUGUUCUAUUUAGUUUUGUUUCCUAUGAGAACAAGUGUAAAGUUCUGGUAGCCUUCGCUAGCUACAAGCUAGCUCUGUUGUUUGAUUGGAAUGCAAGUAACUGGGGCUAUAGUUCGCUUGCUAGCUAGCUGCAUUCAGCAGUUUUGACUUGUUAGCUCGAUAGGUAUGGGUGGGUGUUCCGCUCCAAAUUGCUCAAACUCAACAACCAUUGGGAAGCAACUAUUUCGUUUUCCAAAAGAGCCUAUACGCAAGAAUAAAUGGCUUGUAAACUGCCGGCGUAAUUUUGUACCAACUCCACAUUCCAGACUGUGCCAGGACCAUUUUGAGCUGAGUCAGUUUGAAGAAAUAGCCAGGUCGCCAGCAGGGGGAAAGAAGCUGAAACCAAACGCUAUCCCCACUCUUUUCAGUGUGCAAAAUCCACCUUAUCCCAUCACCCCACAGAUAGUGCUACCUUUCAAACCAGAGCCAGUAGAGAGAGAUCUGAAUGUGGGGGAUCAUGGCUAUGCACGGCGGCAACCAACUCUGGGCAUGGAGGAAGAUGCUGAUGAACUACACAAGGCAGAGGAACGUCCCUGCACCCAUUGUCAACCUUACAAAACCCUGCUGGAACAAGAAAUGCAACACACUGCCAGACUUCAGAAAGAGGCUGAGGAAAUGAAGAAGAGGAUGUUCAAACUGGACAGAAUAGAGAGGGGCCUCCAGACAUUUUUGUAUGAAGACCAGAUCCGUGCCCUGACCCUGACCAAGCGUUCCCGGAGAGCUGUGUGGUCCCACGAGACAGUGCUGAAGGCUCGUAAAAUCCGAUGUGCAGUUGGUGCCAAGGGUUACGAAUUCCUUCGGGAGUUAGGCUACCCUUUGCCCUCUUAUAGAACUUUAUGCAACCGCCUGGAGGAAAAAAUCAUGGUGACGACAGCCAUGGGCUGUGAUGAGCUUGCAGAGCUUGGUCUAGGAAUCAUAUCUACAUGUGACAGUCCAGAGGGAGAUGGGGACAAUGAGGCUUUCAUUGGAGUGAUGUCAUGACUCAUGAAAGAGAGAUUUUUGAUCAAUUUGUUUGAAUAUGUGUUUCAUUUUGAAGAAUGCAACGCAAAAUGACAGGACAAUAUAACAAAGACUGACGACAGCUACUAGGCCUAUGCGGUGAAGAAAAUGUGGAAGCAUAUGCACAAUGGGAGAUGUUAGUGUUAAAGCGUUCUUGCUUCUGGACUUGGUUUCACUUAAGUGUUUUUUUAGAAUGGUUUACUCAUGCUAAAGAAGUUGGUGUUUAUUUUGGGAAUGAAACAUAAGCUCCUUCAAAACAAUAAAGAGCAGCAGUCAUCUGCCUUAAAGCGGCAAUCGGCAGAAGAAACAAUAACAAAGCGGCCUCCUCACCCCUGGAUCAUUAAAAAGCUGAGAGAUGGGGCUGGAGAAAUUUAAUCACUCUCAAAUUCAUAGACCUAUGGAUGCAAGGAUUGACCAUCCAUGAUA